CUCACCUUACCCCAGAAGAGAUGCCAGUUGGUCCCUUCGUCGGGGUAGCUGGGCUGAAGGGUUCUCGCGGCACUCGCACUUGGCUGGAGACUUCUUGCUUAACAAGUCCAAAGUUCAGCUAAAGUUUGGCUGAUAAACAGAACCAAUAAAGAAGGUCCCUGGCCCCCAGUGUAAACACCAUGGGCUUGGGCAGCCCCAGCUCUCCAAGCGUGAGCUCUCUCUUUUUCCGUGAGCCUCUCUCGCUCUCUCGCUCUCUCCCUCUCGCUGACUUUCCCCCUCCCCACCUCCAUUUGCAUCUGGCCGAAAUGCCCGUCCCUUCCCACUGAUUUGCAUAUCUUAUAUUGGCUAAUGGAGGCGAUCAUGGAAAGUUAGAAGUUUGCUGACUCCUCUCGGAGGAGACUCCGGGACUGGGGAAUAACAGGUGUGCGGAGACUUCGGGGGGGCUCCCAGACUUGGGGUUUGCUCCGUGAAGCUCCCCUCCGCCCUCCUUUCUCACACCAACCCCUCCCCACCCACCCCGAGCCCCCCUCUUCUCCAGUCCGUGGAAAAUGGUGUCCAAGCUCACGUCUCUCCAGCAAGAACUCCUGAGCGCUCUGCUGAGCUCCGGGGUCACCAAGGAAGUGUUGGCCCAGGCUCUAGAGGAGCUGCUGCCAGCCCCGACUUUUGGGGUGAAGCUGGAGACUUUGCCGCUGUCCCCGGGGAGCGGCGCUGAGCCUGAUACCAAGCCGGUCUUUCAUACCCUUACCAAUGGACAUGCUAAGAGUCGCCUGUCAGGGGACGAGGGGUCAGAGGACGGAGACGACUAUGAUACCCCUCCCAUUCUCAAGGAGUUACAGGCCCUCAACACCGAGGAGGCUGUGGAGCAGAGGGCCGAAGUGGACCGCAUGCUCAGUGAGGACCCCUGGAGGGCAGCCAAAAUGAUCAAGGGAUAUAUGCAGCAGCAUAACAUCCCCCAGAGGGAGGUGGUGGAUGUUACAGGCCUGAACCAGUCUCACCUCUCACAGCAUCUCAACAAGGGCACCCCGAUGAAGACCCAGAAGCGUGCAGCACUGUACACCUGGUAUGUGCGGAAGCAGAGAGAGAUCUUGAGACAAUUCAACCAGACAGUCCAAAGUUCUGGAAAUAUGACAGACAAAAGCAGUCAGGAUCAGCUGCUGUUUCUCUUUCCAGAGUUCAGCCAGCAGAGCCAGGGGGCUGGGCAGCCGGAUGAUGCUUGCUCUGAGCCUGCCAACAAAAAGAUGCGCCGAAACCGCUUCAAAUGGGGGCCCGCAUCCCAGCAAAUCUUGUACCAGGCCUACGACCGACAAAAGAACCCCAGCAAGGAGGAGAGAGAAGCCCUAGUGGAAGAGUGCAACAGGGCAGAAUGUCUGCAACGAGGAGUCUCCCCAUCUAAAGCUCAUGGCCUCGGUUCCAACCUGGUUACUGAGGUCCGUGUCUACAAUUGGUUUGCCAACCGCAGAAAGGAGGAGGCUUUCCGCCAGAAACUGGCCAUGGAUGCCUACAGCACAAACCAGCCUCACGGCUUGAACCCAAUGCUCUCCCAUGGUUCCCCGCACCACACGCAACCAAGUGCCUCUCCUCCAAGUAAGCUUUCAGGAGUGAGAUACAGCCAGCCAGGAAAUAAUGAGGUCACUUCCUCCUCCACAAUCAACCAUCAUGGCAACAGCGCCAUGGUGACCAGCCAGUCGGUUCUCCAGCAGGUUUCUCCAGCAGGCCUGGACCCCGGCCACAGUCUCCUCUCACCUGAUGGUAAAUUGAUCUCCGUCUCAGGAGGGGGCUUGCCCCCAGUCAGCACCCUGACGAACAUCCACAGCCUUUCCCACCACAAUCCCCAGCAAUCUCAAAACCUCAUCAUGGCACCUCUCUCAGGAGUCAUGGCCAUUGCACAAAGCCUCAACACGUCCCAAGGCCAGAGUGUCCCUGUCAUCAACAGUGUGGCGGGCAGCUUGGCCGCCCUGCAGCCCGCCCAGUUCCCCCCGCAGCUGCACAGCCCUCAUCAGCAGUCGCUCCUACAGCAGCCCCCUGGAAACCCCAUGGCCCAACAGCCUUUCAUGGCGGCAGUAACUCAGCUCCAGAACUCCCACAUGUACGCGCACAAGCAGGAACCCCCCCAGUAUUCCCACACCUCCCGGUUUCCGUCUGCCAUGGUGGUCACAGACACCAGUAGUAUUAGUACACUCACCAACAUGUCUUCCAGUAAACAGGUAAUUCUGUGUCCUCUGCAAGCCUGGUGAUGCUCAGACUUCACAUUUUCUGUGCAUAUCAACAAGGACCCUAUUUCCACACCAUUACCCAGCUAACCAUGGCAUCAGGGCAGUUGUUAUCGAGAAGCACAGGAAGCUGAUGGGCAACGCCUCACGGACCGAUUUCUCUCUCUUCCUCCUUCCAGGGCUUGGCCUGUGGCUCAGCCACCCGAUCCCUUGAUGUGGAGGAUUUGGGGAGAGCACAGGGGUCGGGGCUCUGACCAGAGACUAUCCCGUGCCAGCAGCUGGGAUUUCCCUGCAGUAUUGAGUUCAUGCAUCACAAAGAUGCUAAGUAUUCACAUGCAUUCUAGCAAUGAGGAAAGAGGAACAAGGCAGGAAAAGCUGCUUGCUCAGAGCCACAGAAGAGGAAGAUGGAUUUCUCCGUUGCCUUUUAAGUUAUGGUCCUUCAUUGAACAAACUGACGGAAAAACAAAAACAAAAACUUGAAUCUGUUACUGAAGUCUCAAGAUGAGGAAACAUGUGCGUUGAACUGAGCCAAACACAGUGUAAAUAUCGGCAGACUCCCUCUCCCCACCGCACCCCCAAAUGAUUCCAAGAUUUCUUUUAAAGAAGUAAAUGUGUCCAAUGGUUGUAAACUAUAAACCACUGUAAUCAAGUGCAAUUCCCUUAAAGUUCCCCCUCCCCCUACACCUUUCUCUGUACAUAAUACUAGAUGGUAUUUUAAUUUUUUUUUAAGGUCAGAACCAAGGUUUUAAAAAAAAUCACUCCCAUCAGAAAAUAGCCCAAACCUGGAUUUAGGGGUGCCAAGACAUUCUAGAGAACUUACCCUCUUCCCUCCCUUUGAUCCCCCAGAGCUAAGACUGGUGAUUGAAUGAUUCUUUGUAAGGCUGCAGGUGACAAGUCACCUGAUUGGAAGUCACAUACCCAGGUCCCAGGGAGGGCUGGGCCUAGGGUCAGAGUACAAAAACGCAGCUCCUGGCAGGGAUUGGGGAUUUGGGCCAGGAACCUCAAGAAACAGAAGGGUGGAGAGGAACUGGAUGUUGGAUCUCAAAAGCAAAAGCUGACCUUUCAAAGUCUCCCAUUAAAACAUUUUAUCUUAAUGAUUCCUUGCCCAAAGAGCUUCCAGUUAUGACCUUGACGCUCCUUCCUCCUUAUGCCAUUCAGUACCUAGUUUCUUCUUCCUGUUUUCCUGCUCUGAUCUCUACUGGGGAAUUUCAGAAUCAUGGAUUUGAGUUCAUUGGUGUGCCACAUGGAGCUGUAGAGGGUGGGAGUGGGAGGAAGGCCAGGUUCCCUGUGUUAUUCAGUCUCUAGGUAUGGGGCCCUCCAAGUCAUGUUUACAUUGUCUUAGUCACUGGCCUUACUGUUAAUGAAGAUUUUGUUCCCACAGUAGAGCUCAGAAGCUUCGAGGGGGGUCUGGCCAGGGUAAUGAGCCAUUGCCAAGAGUCCCUCACAGAGGUGCCUAAGCUUAUUCCUUUCUCCUGUUCCAGGGACAGUCACACAAGUGGAGGGCAGGAAAUAAGCCAGGGCACUUCCAAAGCAAAUCGAACCAACUUUAGAGAUUUUGCUUUAUAGGAACUUAGGAAAACCAAACCAAACCCAUAAGCCAGUUUGGGAUGGUGGAAAGAACAGUGGUUCUAGAGAUCUAGAUUCAAAUCUUGCCACCCACACUAACUGGAAAACUUUUUACAGGUUGUUAAAAUUUCCCUGGGUCUAAGUUUCCUCAUCCAUAAAAUGAGGAUUUUUAGCUGGUCCUUUUUGGGUCUAGAUAUGAUUCCAUAGGGGACUGGAAAACUUCAUCUGAACCAUUUGCUCCAACACCUUGUCAACCAGCCUAUCAAAAGUUUUUCCUAGGAUAAUGAAAAGUUUAUUUGUAUUUCUUGUCCUUUCUUUGAGCCUUUCCUGGUGGGAAUGCUAACAUACAGCAAACAGAUCAAGAGACAACUUGAGAAAGAGAGGGGCAAGCCUUGAUAUUCCACCAUCAGGAGACUUAGCUCCACAGAUAAUCCAGGGCCAAUGACUAUGGAGAAAGAUGAUGAAACAGAGAGAUGAUUGUUAAACAUUUACCAGCAUACAUACCACUGCCCACAACCAUACAGAAGAGAUUGCAGAAACAAUUAAGCACCUACUAUAUACCAAUAUCAAGUUAAACAUUGUUACAAAGCCAAAAUCAACUGCUCUCAAGAAAAGACAAUAUGUCCUUAAACGAAUAAAUAAUAAACAAUACAUUUACG